AUGAGUCGCGAUUGCCUGCACAAGAUUCCUGAGAGUCGAAAAAGCAACGAUCAAAGUGAAGGACAUGGUCGAGUAUCUGGACGAGAGAAACUGGGAGCUGUGCACCUAGGAACGAAAAACAAAGGCUUCACGUGCUCAUCUUUCAUCAACCAUCCUGCAAAGAGGCUGGUGAUCGUGCAUCGGGGGAACUCAACUGACCAAUUUUUUACAACUCAAGCAGACAUUCGAAUCGCAUUGAACUUGAUCACGUCAAGCAUUGUGGCGGCUGCCGAUUGGCACACGUUACAAUCAAUACUAAAUAACACACUCAAGUUGGACGAGGGGACGCGACGCUUCGUACGCAACGACUACUCGGUGACAAUCACUGGGCACAGUCUUGGCGGAUGGCUGGCUCAAUUGUGCACGUUGUUAAGGAAACAUCCAGCUUUCUUUCCCGUUGACCCGCGUGGUAAGUUCUCCUUUGGCAAUGACACUAUGCUUGAUAUGAAUCAGGCAAACGACUUACAUUGUGUGGCGUUUGAUAGUCCGGGUGCGGAUGCGGUUUUGACAAGACUCAAGGAGGAUCCGGGUUGGCUAAAUGGAGGGCCACGAGAUGUCGAGAUCGUCUUGCAGACACUCGACAUUACGGUUUAUCUGGCAAAUCGUAACCUCGUAAACUGGUGCGGCACUCACGUGGGCACCGUGAAAACGAUCGAUGUUAUGUCGAGCGCCUCGUUUUUUCACCAGAUAUUU